AUGUCGAUGUCAACCGAAGAUUGCGCAAAGUCCCGGCAAGGCUUCCCCCGCCCGUUCCCCAACACACCGUCCAACGUCCUGGACCAAUUGCGAGUGACGGGCAAAGUCAUUGUGAUUACCGGCGCUGCCGAUGGCAUUGGCUACGCUGUUUCAGAGGCCAUGGCGGAGGCCGGCGGCAACGUCGCUCUAUGGUACAACUCAAAUGACGCUGCAAUCCAAAAGGCACAAGGCUUGGCAAGCACACAUAGCGUCAAGACCUCAGCAUACAAUGUUGAUGUGUCCGAUUCCAACCAGGUGCAAGAGACUAUUGCCAAAGUACUGAGAGAUUUUGGCAAAAUUGAUGUGUUCGUUGCCAACGCCGGCAUGGCCAUUUCCAAGCCUAUUUUGGAGCAAACGCUGGACGAGUACAGGAAGCAAAUGUCGGUAAACGUUGACGGUAUUGUGUACUGUUCCAAGUACGCCGGCGAAGUCUUCAAGAACCAAGGGUUUGGCAACCUCAUCAUCACUUCAAGCAUGAGCGGCCACAUCGUCAACGUCCCUGUUGACCAGCCCGUCUACAAUGCGACCAAGGCGUACGUCACGCACUUUGGAAAGUCACUCGCUCGCGAGUGGAGAGAGUUUGCCCGGGUCAACAUUGUAUCGCCGGGCUUCUUUGACACGAAGAUGGGCGCUGGGCCAGAUUCUCUGCAGGAAGCGUAUCGUAUGGCAGCUCUGGGCAGACAAGGUCACACCAAGGAGAUCAAGGGCUUGUAUCUGUAUCUGGCGAGUGAUGCUUCUACUUAUAUGACUGGAAGCGAUGUGCUUAUUGAUGGCGGUUAUGUCUUGCCUUGA